UGUCAAAUGGACGAUUCGAUAAAUACUCUUUUAUUUUCGAAUAUUUCUUGCUACUAAUUAAGAAAUUUUCUCGUUUUGAAUUUAUUUCUAUUUCAUGGAUGGCUAAAGCCUCCCACUUCUUGGUAUAUUUCUUUUGCCCCAUAUUUGAACGACAUUAUCACUAAACAAUGAUCAACUUUUUACUACUAAUCAUUAUAAUGUAUAUUUCGAUUUUUGUGUCAAAAGUUUAUCACUGUUAAGAUUCGGUUUUUAAUACAUCAGUAUUUAAAUUAUUUAUUGUUUUCGAUAAAUUAGAUGAAUUGAGAUCAACGCGAAAAUGCGGUUAGUUGAAUUAUAAAUCGUUAAUAUUGCGUAGAUUUUCUACAAGUCCAGAAGUGGUACGUUUUUUAAUUUGUGGCAGAUAUAGUAACAUAUAAUUUUAACGUAAUAUUUUAUCCUUCCAAUAAUAUCACAAAGAAAUCUAAAUAUGAAGGUAAGAAUUCUUCCAGCGUUAUCAGACAAUUACAUGUAUCUGAUUAUUGAUGAAAAAACGAACGAUGCAGUCGUUAUAGAUCCUGUUGAACCUGACGCAGUACUUAAAGCUGUAGAAGAAGAAAAUGUUAAUUUAACAAAAAUUCUUGUAACUCAUUAUCAUUGGGAUCACACUGACGGCAACGAAGAGCUUAUAAAAUUGUCCAAGAAAAAGUUAAAAGUUUUUGGUGGUGAUAUUCGAAUUCCCGCCCUUACAGAUCAAAUUAAGCACGGGGACCUAAUUUUCGUAGGUAACAUAAGGAUCGAAUGCAUAUCAACACCAUGUCACACUGUUGGUGAUAUUUGCUAUUUUAUGACCUCAGAAGAUGACCAACCAAUAGUUUUUACAGGUGAUACACUUUUUAUAGCAGGAUGCGGACGAUUUGUAGAAGGUACAGCUCAACAAAUGUACACUGCAUUGAUUGAAAAGUUGGGUAAUUUGCCUGAAAAUACUAAAGUCUACUGUGGUCAUGAAUACACCCUGCAAAAUUUAAAUUUUGCCAAAACUGUUGAACCAAAAAAUGAAAAAAUUGUUGAAAAGAUACUAUGGGCCACUGGAAAACGAAAUAUGCAAAAACCAACGGUUCCAUCAACAAUUGCUGAAGAGAAGGACAUUAAUCCUUUUAUGAGAGUAAUUAUAAAAUCUGUUCAAAAGCAUGCUAAAAAAAAUAAUCCUAUAGAGACGAUGGCAACUAUUCGCGAAGAAAAGAAUUCGUUCAAAGGAUAAAAAAAGAAAUUUAAUUGGAGUAACUCAGUAAUACACCCAAUUUUGUUUUUAAAAAUUCCCCGCACAAUUCCUGCAUCAAAAUUAAAGAAUAAAAAAUGUACAAUUAAGCAUGAAAAAAAUUCUUCAGACCAAACAAAAUUGGAUGUAAUGCCCUGUAAAAAAACAAUAAUUUCUCGUUUUAUGCAUUUUUAAUUACAAAUAAAUGAAUUAAUCACA